CCUGUGUGUAUUGUGCUGUAUCUUGGGUGCAGACAGUUGUUUUUACAGUGAGAACUAUAUUUCGCUAGGUGUCAGCUAUCAAUAAUGGGCAUCUUGGAGAAGAUCGCCGAGAUUGAACGGGAAAUUGGUCGGACACAAAAGAAUAAAGCCACUGAGUAUCACCUCGGAUUAUUGAAGGCCAAGCUUGCCAAAUACCGGACCCAGCUUCUGGAGCCACAGGGGAAGAAGGGAGAGAAGGGAGAAGGUUUUGACGUGCUCAAGUCCGGUGAUGCUCGCGUUGCUUUGAUUGGCUUCCCCUCAGUCGGCAAGUCCACCCUGUUGAGUACUCUCACCAAGACCCAGUCGGAAACGGCGAGCUACGAGUUCACCACACUGACCUGCAUUCCGGGCGUCAUCGAGUACAAUGGCGCCAACAUCCAGCUGCUUGACUUGCCCGGCAUCAUCGAGGGAGCCGCGCAGGGCAAGGGUCGCGGCAGACAGGUGAUCGCCGUGGCUCGGACGGCCGAUCUGGUCAUCAUCAUGCUGGACGCCACCAAGUCGGAGGUGCAGCGCGAACUGCUGGAGAAGGAGCUGGAGGCCGUCGGCAUCCGACUCAACAAGCCGAAACCCGGCAUCUACUUCAAGCAAAAGAAGGCUGGAGGAAUCCAUUUCAAUGCCACCUGUAGUCUAUCGAAGGUUGAUGAGAAGCUAGUGCAAGUUAUACUCCACGAAUACAAGAUAUUUAAUGCUGAGGUGAUAUUCCGCGAGGAUUGCACGGCCGACCAGCUGAUCGACACCAUCUCGGACAACCGGGUGCACCUGCCCUGCCUCUACGUUUACAACAAGAUCGAUCAAGUCAGCAUCGAGGAGGUGGACCGGCUCGCGCGGCAGCCCAAUUCGGUGGUCGUCAGCUGCAACAUGAAGCUGAACCUGGACUAUCUGCUGUUCAUGAUGUGGGACAUGCUGGCGCUAAUCCGCAUAUACACCAAGAAGCCGGGCAGGCAUCCAGACUUUAACGACGCCAUCAUCAUGCGGCGAAACAGCUCGGUGGAGCACGUCUGUCAUACCGUCCACCGUAGUAUCGUGGCUGUCUUCAAGUAUGCCUUGGUCUGGGGUCGGAGCACAAAGUACAGUCCGCAGAGGGUCGGUUUGGCCCACGUUGUCGAGGACGAAGAUGUCAUCCAGAUCGUGAAGAAAUAGGGCGAGAGGGCGCCUCAGCCGUGCCUUCCGUCUGACUGGGAAACGAAGCGCCGAACCCUGUCUGUGGUAUCGCUCUGGGCGUUGGUGAUAUGUGCGUGGUGCACAUGAAAGUUGCGCCGCGGUGUGGUGCGUCAGGAGGCAUGUCGUGGAGUCAAGGCGUUGGCGAGCGCCACGCGCAGCGGUGGGUUUAGUCGUGGAAACUGAUCCCGUUCAUCUCCAGCUGAACUGUCGACAUUGUUCUUGUACUUGUGCGAGGACGCUGCCAAUGCACGGGGUUCUCAGUGGAUGUUUUGUUGGUGCUUGAUGCCGUGUCAAUAAAAGCCGGGUGGUCAGUGAGCAAAGCGGCCUAGUUUAUGUAGAG